GUACAUGAUCCCUUCCAUUGCUUUUGUGUUUGGAGUGAUGCUGUUCACGCUCGUCUGCAAAACCCAGCAGCACAGAGAGAUUAGAAGAGUUGCAGCUCUGAAGACCAACAACAUCAACGCAGCCCAAAAAAGAUACAUAAGUGUUGGAUCUCAACUAAAGAGCUCAAAUGAUCUGCAGAACUUAAGUGGCACUCAAAAAAGGCUCAAAGAAGCUCAGUCAUAUGAGAACGUUACAGCGGUUAUCUACAGCAAUGAAAGCAAAGUCACCUACUGUGUACAACAGGAUGAAGAUUAUGUGAAUCCUGAUGCAACGGGAAACGUGAACACUGAACAGGACGACACCUACCUUCAACCAAAUCACAACCUAACAGAAACUGAUGGGGAGUCGUAUGAGAAUAUGGAAGGAUGUGUGUACUCCCAGCCUCGCAAACACACAACCAAAGUCAGCACUGAAGAUGAUGACUACAUAAGCCCUGAUGACAAGCAUAACCUGGAACAAACAGAUACAGAGUCUUAUGAGAACAUGGCCGGCGGGACAAAUCCUGACCCUGCAGCUCAGACCGACACGGACCCCCCGGGUGACGAUUACAUAAACCCCAAUGACAAGCAUGACCUGGAACAAACAGAUACAGAGUCUUAUGAGAACAUGGCCGGCCGGACAUAUCCUGACCCUGCAGCUCAGACAGGCAUGGACCCCCCGGGCGAAGGGUGGUAUGAACAGAUGGACAGAGGACGGAUGGAGAGACAAGGAAGAGGAGAAAGUGAGAGACAAGAGAGAAGAGAACAGCAGCACUGGAGACAGAAGACGUUCUCCUGAAGAGAGGGAGGGCGAGAGACAUACGUGAGAUAUUGGAGAGAAAGGAUACGAGGGGAACAUUCGGAUUUCAAUAAUUUCUGCAACUGAUAUUUUCUGUGACUGAAUGUUCAUAACAAACCCUCUGAACCCCUGCAGGGCCAAAAAUAUACAUACAGCAACUUAUACUGUUCAUUUAAAUGUGUAGAGAGCUCUAUAACGUCAUUGAUCUUUGUAGUACAAUCUCCUAAUUACUCAUUAGUGGUUAUGAUGGAGGCAGCCAGUGGGUAGCCAGAAGGUCCUGGGUUCGAUUCCCAGCGAUCUGGGUUCUCCCUGUGUCCGGGUGUGUCCCACAGUCCCAAGACAUGCAGUCAGGUCAAUUAGAGAUAUUAAAAAUCCCUCUAUAUGUGUGUGUGUGUGUGUGUGUGUGUUUGCCUUGUGAUGGAGUGGCGACCUGUCCGGAGGGUUUCCUUCCUUUCGUCCAGUGAAUUACAUCCACAGCAACCCUAAAUCGUAUUAAGGUAGCCCGGAUCAAACCCAGAUCUCAGCUGUGCUAUCGGCCAGCCAGACGGCUACACAGACAUGAUUGGCUAUAUCUGGGGGUAGGAAAAGGGGGCAGGCCGAAGCCCCGAGAUGGAUGGGUGCCCUGUCCAGUGUACUCAUGCCCUGUGUCCAGUCUGUUUGCCAAGGCCCUGACAAGGGUAAAGCGGUCAAAAUGAAGUGUUUCAGUCAGUCACAGACAAAGAACAGUUGCAGUUGCAUCAUUGAAUCACAUGACUGACAUUACAUAACAUGAACAUAAAUGGAUGCAGCACAUUUACAUUGUGCUGGUUUGUAUGCUUUUAUAACAAAUAA